AGAAAACAUAAAAUGGCUUCUUUGGCAAGUCAUGGAGCAGCACCCGGUGGGAGAGUGCCUGUCGGAGACCCUUCUGCAGUGCCUGUUGACCUCGAAAAGAAAGAGGCUUAUUACUUACGUAUGCAUUUGCUCAUAGUAAAAGAGGUAACGACCUUGUUAAGGACACGAUUUGACCUGGCUGUGCCGCCACAUCAACUUCAUGCAACGUUGCAAAAUUCUAAUAACAUGACCACCUUAAAGUAUACAAAGAAAAAUAAUCUUAUUAAUAAAACGCAGUGGGGUCUUUUAUUUCCGCAAUACCAUCAACCGUCUUCGGAUACUUUUGACGUUACUCUCCUAGCUUGUCUACUUAGAAACAUCUGUGGACUUAAGUCAAAGUCGAGAUGGUGGAGUGAAACUGUCAACAGCAAUAUUCCUGAUAAUGUAGUAACUGAGGAAGCUGACAUUGCCCGAUUGAGGAACUUAAGAAAUUAUAUGCUGCACAAACAAGUUGCUUCUUUAGAGCAGAGUGAAUUUGGAGACAUGUGGGACCUCGCAGAAAAGGUACGUUUGUAUAAUUUAUAACUUGUUGACUUGAGAAUAAAAUCAUUUAAAUUGUUAAUAAUUCAUCUAGACAGCUUGACUGUUGUUGCUCUAUUCUUUAGCGGGUGAAAAUUAUAAUGCAUUUACUUUCUUAUUAGGCGGCAUGAAACUAAUUAUCUUGGACAUGAAAAAGGGAUCACUUUUGUUUUCCAAAAGAAGUUCAUUUAACGUUACAAAUGCACAUCUAAACGAUUAAAGUAUGUGUCGAAAUAUAUGUUCUCAUACUAUCUUCUUAACCGUAUACACUGUAUACGUUAAAGAUCCGUUUAUCAAUUGCCCAGAUUUUUGCAUUCUUAUUUCAGAUAAAACUGAUGUAAAGUUAUUUAAUAUCAAAACAAUCCUACAUCAUAGAUGACUGCAUUUCUAUUUGCUGAAGUUGCUCCAUUUUUAUGUAAAUCAUGGACCGAGCUUGUAUGGAUUAAAAAUUGCGAGUAUAAUUUUAAUAGUAGGUUUCUAACGGAAACUAGCAUAUAUUUAAAUUUACCUUUAUUACGGAACAGCUUUGAUAAUGCAUAUACGGUUUGUUUCAAAAGCUAUAAAUGUACAUAUACAAAAAUACCCACUUUAAAUUGACGUCUGCAUGUUCAAUUUAAGUCUAGGGAUACCUAGCUAUUUUAAAUAAAAAAUAAUAUAAUUAAUCGUUGUCAUUCUGUUGCUAAAUUCUGAUGUCCUCUUAACAUUGUCAUUACAAUCGUU